AUGCACGAUAGGACUUAUAGCAAGGAAUUGACGGUGUCGAAUGCCGAGAAUGGAUAUAGGGACUUAAUUGCCAAGAUAGAUUUGACUAGUUUUAGGCGGAUUCCUUGGGAGGACCAGAUGCCGUUCUUUUUGGUGGAGUACUACGACUCGGAGACUAAUGAACCUAUUGCUCCGUGUCCAAGAGCUCUUUUGAAAAGAGUGUCGGAUCAGUAUAAGAAAGUGCUUAAUGCUCUGCCAACGGCAGGUGCCGAGCUCGAGUUUUUCCAGUAUAAAGAGACAGCUCAGUCGAUGCACGACAAGAACGGGGUAAAUUUGACUCCUCUGACCCCGGGUAUGUUUGGGUACUCGGUGCAACGACCAGUGCUCAAUCAGGAGUAUUACUACGAUAUUCUCAAUAAAUGCCGCGAGUUUGAUGUCGAGCUUGAAGGCUGGCAUACUGAGACUGGUCCUGGUGUGUUUGAGGCGGCUAUUGCGUAUGGAUCUGCUGUGGAUAUGGCCGAUAAAGCAGUUCUGUUUAAACUCAUUUGUAAAUCAAUUGCUCCUAAAUAUGGAAUUCUGCCUUGUUUUAUGGCCAAACCGACUCAGGGCUUGCCAGGUAACUCGGGUCAUAUUCAUUUGUCGCUUAUUGAUAUCAAAACUGGCAAGAAUCUUUUCUCCCGAGACACUCGUGAUGAGAACGCGCCAUGGCCAGAUGUAGUUUAUUUCAGCGAACUUGGUCAGUCGUUUCUGGCCGGUGUACUUGACGGCUUGGCUGAUAUUAUGCCGUUAUUAGCUCCUAAUAUCAAUUCAUAUAAGCGAUUAGUGGAGAAUUUCUGGGCUCCUGUGUCGGUGAGUUGGGGUCUGGAGCACCGAAUUGCGUCGAUUCGACUGAUUUCGCCUGCCGAGCCGUCUUCAAAAAGUACCCGUCUUGAGAUUCGUACUCCCGGUGCCGAUGUACACACCCAUUAUGCCAUGGCAGCCAUUCUGGCUCUUGGAUUCAGAGGCAUUGAGAAGAAUCUCAAGCUGACCAUUCCACCCAUGUCGAAAGAAAUGACUACCACCGAGGGUCUUGAAAAGCUACCCCGGUCAUUACAUGAAGCCACCACACGGUUCGCGGCUCCAAAAAGUCUCGCCAGAGAAGUGCUCGGCGAUGCGUUCGUCGACCACUUUGCCGGUACCAGAUUCGAGGAGAUUAAUCUCUGGAACGAUGCCGUCACCAAUUGGGAGGUCACGAGAUAUAUUGAAACGGCCUGA